GUCUCCGCAGCCGGAGUUCCUUUACUUCCGGAACACUUCGGCUCCUCCGCCGUGUUUUCUUUCGCUGCUUCUCUCCUGAGCUCCGGCUUCAUCUCCGGCUCUUUGACCUGAACAACAGACCCGGAUCUCAGUGCUCCAGCCCGGUUCUGAGGCUCGGUACCACAUGAUGGCGGCGGGGAUCCGGAGCCCGGUGGCGGAGGAGAAGACGAGCCGGAGUCAGACUGAAGCCCACAGGAGGCUGAAGUACGCUAGUCUGGCGGUGCUCGUGGUCCAGAACGCUUCGCUCAUCCUCAGCAUCCGAUACGUCCGCACGUUGCCCGGCGACCGCUUCUUCACGACGUCGGCCGUCGUCAUGGCGGAGAUCCUGAAGUUGCUGACGUGUGUCGUCAUCAUCCUGCUGCAGAAGAGACUUAAUGUGAAGGACACAGUCUACUUCCUGGUUGACUCCAUCGUGUUUCAGUACAAAGACACUCUGAAACUGGCCGUUCCUUCUCUCAUCUACACGCUGCAGAACAACCUGCAGUACGUCGCCAUCUCCAACCUGCCGGCUGCCACCUUCCAGGUGACCUACCAGCUGAAGAUCCUCACCACGGCUCUGUUCAGCGUGAUGAUGCUGAGGAAGACUCUGUCCAGAGUCCAGUGGGUUUCUCUGCUGCUGCUCUUUGCCGGAGUCGCCAUUGUUCAGGUGGACCAGGAGAGGAAGAAGGAGGAGCAGGCGUCGUCGGUCGAGGGCUCCUCGCAGAACUACACGGUGGGCCUGCUCGCCGUGGUGGUGAGCUGCCUGUCGUCCGGCUUCGCCGGCGUUUACUUCGAGAAGAUCCUGAAGGGUAGCUCGGCGUCCGUGUGGAUGAGGAACGUGCAGCUCGGCAUCUUCGGCACGGUGCUCGGCAUGCUGGGACUCUGGUGGAACGACGGCGACGCCGUGGCCGAGAGCGGCUUCCUGUUCGGCUACACCGGCGCGGUGUGGUGCGUCAUCUUCAACCAGGCGUUCGGCGGGCUGCUGGUGGCCGUGGUGGUGAAGUACGCCGACAACAUCCUGAAGGGCUUCGCCACCUCCUUCUCCAUCGUGGUGUCCACCGUGGUGUCCGUCUACCUGCUGGGCUUCCACGUGGACCUGCUCUUCACAUUGGGGGCGGGGCUCGUCAUCGGCGCCGUCUACAUGUACAGCCUCCCCAAAGCCGCCGCCUCCUCGUCCGUCGCCGCCGCCUCUUCCUCGGUGUCUUUGGCGUCGCCGAGGACGGAAGGAGACGCCGAGAUGGAGGCGUUUCUGCCAAAAGCUCAGGGAGGCGUGGCCUCUCCUGCCGCCGCCGUCCUCGCCACAGACUAACUGCUCAAAGCACAACAGGAGGAGGAGGAGCUGCUGCAGAGUGUCUCUGCCUUAAAACUCUCACUACGUGAAAGAGGAGAAGCCUUACGCUGAUUAUUGAUUAUCUUCAUCAGAUCGGCUUUAUUUUAUUUUAUUUCGUCCUCGAGGAGGACAGACGUUCUGGUUCUUCUGUUUUUUUUUCUCCUUCUUCUUCUGGUUCCUCUGGUUCUUCUUCUUCUUCUCCUUCUUCUUCUGGUUCCUCUGGUUCUUCUUCUUCUUCUACUGGUUCCUCUGGUUCUUCUUCUUCUGGUUCUUCUUCUUCUGGUUCCUCUGGUUCUUCUUCUUCUGGUUCUUCUUCUUCUUCUUCUUCUGGUUCUUCUUCUUCUUCUGGUUCCUCUGGUUCUUCUUCUGUGGUUUCAUGUUUUCCAGCUCUGGUUGAAACUGAUCCCGUUAAAUUGAUUAAACGGUUCGUUUGGAGUCACCUGACCUCCCAUGUGACCUCGUCUAUUGAUCUAUUGAUCAGACGGUGAAGAGUCACUUAAUGGAACAAUCAUCAUCAUAUUGAUCAAUGAUGGAAUGUCAGUUAAGUUCUGAUUGAUUAUUGAUCGGUGCCUUUUUUAUCUUGUGUGCCGUCGGCAGGAAGUCUGACCUGAGAUCAGUUUGAGUUGGUCCGUCCAGCUGCUUCCUGUUUACGUUGUUGUUGCAUUCUGUUGUUUAGUCAUAUAAUUAUUAUUAUUGAUCUCAAGAAACCUUAAAUUAUAUCUAGGGAGACAGGGGGAAUCUAAUAUCUCAUACAUUUAAGAGGGAAUGAAGGAUUGAUCUGUGGUUCUGUGAGAUUGUCUGUCUGGCGGAGGAAGAGGACUAGUUUGAGAUUAUCAUCUGAGUUCAAAUAAAAUCAUUAUUUUAUUAUUUUAAAGAAAUAUAUAAAAACACUUGUUUCUCUUGAAUUACAUAUGUAACAUAAUAUACUGAGAUUAUUAAUCAUAUCAAACUAUCUUUUUUCUUAUUUAUGUAAUUGUAUAUUAUUGCUGGAUGUUUUUUAAAUGACAGAUCAAUAACUAAAGUUUGUUUUCUGGAGACAACAAGAUAAUGUUCUUGAGUUUUUUUAAUAAUCUGCGUCUGUUAUUGUGACAUAAAACACAAUGUUUCUGUUCCUUUUAAAUCUGUUGCUCUGCUCUCGGCGAGCAGCUCGUUGUGUAAAUACUUCUUUUGGUAAAGUUUUAUAUAAAGGAGAAAGUGAAUCAAA